AUGGUUGGGCAUCAGCCUGUAUGUCCACCUCGGCUCCUGCUGCAGGGCUGGGGAGCGCUGCUGCUGUCCCAGUGCUUGUCCUACGCGUCCUCCCAGGUCCCGGAUCCCGAGCUUUUGCCCACAGAUCCCCCAAAGAAGCCGGACCCCAUCACCUCCGAGUCCGUUGUCUUCUGGGGGCUGCGCUUAUGGCAGGUCAUCGCCAUCUUUUCCAUGUUUGUUUUAGCAAUCAUUAUCACCCUAUGUUGUAUAUUCAAAUGUCGAAUCCCGAGAACCAAAAAGGAAAUAGAGGCACGGCACGCGCAGAGACUGGCCGCCAAAAUAUACGCCAACACGUUAGAGACGGUGCCACCUCUGAAUGAGCUGACGGAGAUCCCGGGAUCUGCAAAGGCAGAAGAGAAAGAGGAGGUGACGACAGUCUCCGCUAAAGUGGACGCGGACAAAGCAGAGAAGAAGCCCAAAGAGGGCAAGAAAGAGGGCAAGGGUGCCAAACAAGGGAAAGGAGACGAAAAGGAGGCGUCCGGUAAGGACGCCGGCGAGGGGAAAGGGAAGAAGUCUGGAGAGAAGGGGGAGAAAGAAGGCAAAGGAGACAGUAAAGGAGGCAAAGGAGACAAUUAUAUUUGA